AAAUUUUACUGAGUGCUAGACUAGUUGUUGUUGAUGGAAUUACGAACGAAUAAAUUUGAAUUCUUGCCUUAUGAAGUUUUGUGGCUUUAUUAGUAAAAAAAUAAAUAUGAUUAAUUAAAAUCUGGCACUGUAAACGAUAAGUUGAGUGUACGUCCUUUUAAAUGAAGGGGUAUAAAAAGCUCCUAACGUCUUCACGUUUUAAGUGCACAGAAAACAGAUGCAGAUACAUACAUUCGUGCAUGGAUACAUAUAGCUGUAUAUAUUUCUGAACACAUCCAUGGACAAGUUCAAUUUUUUAUCGAAACUUACAAAAAAUAUAAUUUUGCCACAAAUCUCCGAUUUUACAGAACAUGAAAAAUUCAACUUGUGUGAUAUAUAUAUAAAUAAUAGUGUUUGAAUAUGAACUUGUAUUAAAACACUAAUAAAACCAGUUUUAUGUGAAAAAAAGAAGAUAUACAAAUACAUAAAAGUGUUCAUAGAUAGAAAAUCCAAUUUUAAAACAUCGAAUGAAUGUAUGCGAUUAAGGCAUCACCGAAAGCUGCAUAUUAUAAUCGUCUAAACUUUACUUGCCUUAUACAACUUUAGUACAUUAUUUUGAUCAUGGAGGUCCCAGAAGUGACAUUUCUUUUUCAGUUCGGUAGCAUAAGAGACGUUUCGGUAGCAUCCAAUGUGCUAACAUUGAAAACCUUAAAGGACUUAGCGUGCGACUUCAUCAAUACAAAGGUACCCAAUAACGGUUUAACGUAUCUCUCCGACCGGAUAUUGUUAUUUCGUCAUGACUACAACAGCUCAAACGUCCUCCAUAUAAUUAAUUCAGCGGCGGAAGUAGUUGAUGAGACUCUUGUGGAAAUAGUGCUCACGGGAAGCCCUAUAUCAUAUCCGUUCUCGGAAAUGUCGGUCUUGAAAUCCCAUCAGCUUAGUGUCCAUUCGUAUAAAGCGCCAACUUUUUGUGAUUUUUGCGGUGAAAUGCUGUUUGGUUUAGUAAGACAAGGUCUUAAAUGUGACGGUUGUGGAAAAAAUUAUCAUAAACGUUGCGUUGUUAAAAUACCUAACAAUUGCAAUCGUUUGAGCGAUAUUAACUCUACACAACAGAGCACAACGUUGCAGCCCCCUAGAAGUCCGUCAAGGGAUUCCAGUCAAUCUUUAACUUCCAAUGAUGGUCAAGCUAAACAUGAAUCGGGAAGUUCUCUGAGUGUGCCAAUUUGCCAACCUUAUCAACGGCCAUGGCCUUCAUGCAGUCCCAAUGAUCAAACAACAGAAACCAAAACAUCAACCUCAGCCUCAGACUUUCCUGGUUCAGAGUAUUCUCUUCUAAAUGCAAAACUUCGCAUUCCGCAUACAUUUAUGGUGCAUACUUAUGGUAUACCGACAGUGUGCCAGUAUUGUAAAAAAUUGUUGAAGGGUUUAUUUAAGCAAGGUCUACAGUGCCGCGAUUGUCAAUAUAAUGCACAUAAGAAGUGUAUGGACAAAGUCCCCCAAGACUGUUCGGGUGAACGGCAACUGAUUGUAGGUGAUUUUAUAGAAUCUAGCAGGCUUGGCUUACCAAGACAUCGUAACAAUUUCUUUUCCGAAGAGUUUGACGAGAAGGAUUUUGAUGAAAAUGCCACGUCUGGUCUACGUAUUAAUUCCAAUAAAAGUAAUUGCAGAGGGACACUUAACCCAUUGCAAGAGUCUGAUAAAGGAACUUGUACAAAAACUGAGAAUACGCCAAUGAAAUCGAGCAACGGUCUGUUAAGUGGAGACGAUGAACAAAAUGUAAACAAAGGUAAAAUUCAUUCCGCUGAGCAAGCGAAGGAACAAGCUCCAGAUAAAUUAAUAUUUAGUAAUAACAUACCUUUAAUGCGGAUUGUACAAUCUGUUAAGCACACUAAAAAGAGAGGUGCCCAAGCAUUAAAAGAGGGCUGGCUAGUACACUUUACGAACUUAGAUAAAACUGUAAAGCGAUAUUUUUGGCGUUUGGAUUCCAAAACUGUAAUAUUAUUUUUAUCCGAACAAGGCAGUAAAUAUCAUAAGGAGAUUCCGUUAUCUGAAGUAAAGGCCAUAUUAAGUAAUGAAAAUGCGGUUGUUGAGAAAAAUUAUUGCUUCGAAUUGGUUACUUUAAAUUUAAGUUACUAUUGCGGCCAAGAUCCAUUAUUAGCGUCAAAAGAUGUUCAGACAACACAUUCGCCGCCACCGGAAAGUGGUAUCGGUAUGGAUAUCGCAAAAUGUUGGGAAACUGCAAUCAAGCAGGCCUACUUGCAUGUCUUAAAUACACAAUGCUGCGAAUCCGAAGAGAAAAUCCAAGAUAUGGGACAGCUUUAUCAAAUAUUUCCCGACGAAGUGCUGGGAUCUGGCCAGUUUGGUGUUGUUUAUGGUGGCCUCCACAAAAAAACGAAGCGAGAAGUAGCUAUUAAAGUGAUAGAUAAGUUGAGAUUUCCCACCAAGCAAGAAGCACAACUGAAAAACGAGGUUGCGAUCCUCCAGAAUGUUACACACUGUGGUAUAGUUAAUUUAGAGAGAAUGUUUGAAACGUCUGAAAGAAUAUUCGUUGUAAUGGAAAAACUGAAGGGAGACAUGUUGGAAAUGAUACUCUCUCAUAAGCGAGGCCGAUUAAGUGAAAGAGUGACAAAAUUUCUUAUAACGCAAAUACUCAUUGCCCUAAAAUAUUUACACAGUGAAAACGUGGUUCAUUGUGAUCUUAAGCCUGAAAACGUUUUACUCUCCUCAGAUUCAGAUUUUCCACAAGUUAAACUUUGUGAUUUUGGUUACGCUCGCAUCAUUGGUGAAAAAUCAUUUCGCAGAUCGGUAGUGGGGACACCAGCCUAUUUGGCACCGGAAGUACUGCGAAACAAAGGCUAUAAUCGUUCGUUGGACAUGUGGAGUGUCGGGGUCAUAAUUUAUGUAAGCCUAAGCGGCACAUUUCCUUUCAACGAAGAAGAAGAUAUUAAUGAUCAAAUACAAAAUGCUGCCUUCAUGUACCCUCCAACUCCUUGGAAAGAAAUUUCAUCAAAUGCUAUCGAUUUAAUUAACAACUUGCUGCAAGUGAAACAGCGAAAGCGUUAUACGGUUGAUAAAAGUCUACAGCACUAUUGGCUUCAAGACAAGCAAACUUAUCAAGAUUUGCGCAAUCUCGAGGCCCAAGUCGGACUUCGAUAUUUGACUCAUGAAGCAGACGAUUUGCGAUGGGCUAGUACAGCUGACGUCUGACCUUGUGCUAAGAAUGUGUCUACUUCAAACAUAAAAGAAAACUAGCAGGCAAGAAACGUGAUUCUAAUAAUGCGCAGAACGUACAAAAUUGUAAAAUCAAAAAUUAUGGUUGUCAAAUUGUGUGUUUGAUAGACUAGUAAUUUGGUACUGAAAAGUUUUAAGGUAAAUGUACAACUAAGCAGAUAUUAUAGCUAUAAUUAUGCUCUGAAUGCGAAAAUUCACAAUAAAUAAUUAACUUUAUGCUUCCCCCAUACCGUUGAUAGUGUUUAACAGAGGUGAGAUGCGUUCUUCACGUUGAGUUCACAUUGAAGCUCUACGCGAACUGAUGUGAGCAUCGGAUUGUCCACACAAUCCCACCAGAUAUAAUUUUUCACGAUUACAUCUUGAUUCCGCGCUGAGAGAUUCCGCUUAGGAUAUUUUUGUAGAUCAAAGCAAGGAAAAGGUUUAGGAUAUUAGCCUAUUUACAUUUUCUAAGAGUGUUUAUUGACGAAAUAAAGAAAGAUUCCUACUGUAGAAAGAAGGAAACUUCGAUUUUCGAUUAGGGAACAAUUUUACAAUAGG